CUCCGCUCAGAGCUGAAGUUGUUCGGCUGUGUGAUCGGGAAAGAUUUUCGUCUCUUCCGUCGGGAUCCACUGUCUGCGGGCCGAAGAUAUCACUUUCCCAUCGUUUGACCUGCAGUGAGAAGAUUUAUUGGACUGAAGACGAGGGAACAGCAACAAGUGAACCAGCCCGAGGACUGAGAGCAUCAACUGGAGAGAAACCAAUCUGGCUCGGAGAUUCCGGUGAUUCAGUCAGGAGAAAGUUUGGUUAAAAUCAAGAAGGAAUUUGUCUCCAGGAAGUUCAAACACGGCACACCAGUUUUGUUGUCUCUGUCUAGAUAUUUAAGGAGCAAGGGAUUCAAUCGACCAUCCUUCCUGCUCAACUGUGGGGAGGGAUUUAUUCGGUCAUUUGACCAACUGGCAACCCGUCAUUUUACACAGGAGAAAGGCUGUUCACCCGUUCAGACAGUGGGAAUGGAUUCAGUCGGUUAUCACAAUUGAAGGUACAUCAGUAAUUUCACACUGGGCAAGGCCAUUCACCUGUUCUGUGUGUGAGAAGGCUUUCAGUCGGUCAUCCCACCUGUGGACACACCAGUCAGUUCACACUGGGCAGAGGCUGGUCAUCUGCUGAACAUCUGGGAAAGGAUUCACUCAUCUGAUCUAAUGGCACACCAGCGUGUUCACAUUGGGGAGAAGCCAUUCACCUGCUCAGUCUGUGGGAAGGGAUUCACUCAGCCAUCCACCCUACAGAGUCACCAGCGAGUUCACACUGGAGAGAGGCCUUUCACCUGCGCAGAAUGUGGGAAGGGAUUCACUAAGUCAUCCACCUUACUGGUACAUCAGCGAGUUCACACUGGGGAGAAGCCAUUCAGCUGCUCAGUCUGUGGGAAGAGAUUCACUCAGUCAUCCCACCUACAGAGUCAUCAGCGAGUUUACACCGGGGAGGGGCCGUUCACCUGCUCAGAAUGUGGGAAGAGAUUCACUUAUUCAUCCACCCUACAGAGUCAUCAGCGAGUUCACACUGGGGAGAAGCUGUUCACCUGCUCAGAAUGUGGGAAGAGAUUCACUUAUUCAUCCACCCUACAGAGUCAUCAGCGAGUUCACACUGGGGAAAAGCCGUUCACCUGCUCAGUCUGUGGGAAGGGAUUCACUCAGUCAACCCACUUACAGAGACACCAGCGAGUUCACACUGGGGAGAAGCCGUUUACCUGCUCAGAAUGUGGGAAAAGAUUCACUGAUUCAUCCGCACUACAGAAGCAUCAGCGAUUUCACACUGGGGAGAAACCGUUCACCUGCUCAGAAUGUGGGAAGAGAUUCACUGAUUCAUCCACCCUACGGAAGCAUCAGCGAGUUCACACUGGGGAGAAGCCGUUUACCUGCUUAGAAUGUGGGAAGAGAUUCACUCAGUUAUUCAAUCUACAGAGACAUCAUCGAGUUCACACUGGGGAGAAGCCUUUCACAUGCUCAGUCUGUGGGAAGAGAUUCACUGAUCUAUCCACCCUACUGAGGCAUCAGCGAGUUCACACUGGAGAGAGGCCGUUCACCUGCUCAGAGUGUGGGAAGGGAUUCACUCGGUCAUCCCACCUACUGGCACACCAGCAAGUUCACAUUGGGAAGAAGCCAUUCACCUGCUCAGUCUGUGGGAAGGGAUUCACUCAGUCAUCCAAUCUACAGAGACAUCAUCGAGUUCAUACUGGGGAGAAGCCAUUCAUCUGCACAGUCUGUGGGAAGCGAUUCACUGAUCCAUCCACCCUACUGAGUCAUCAGCGAGUUCACACUGGGGAGAAGCCGUUCAUCUGCUCAGAAUGUGGGAAGAGAUUCACUGAUUCAUCCACCCUACGGAAUCAUCAGCGAGUUCACACUGGGGAGAAGCCAUUCACCUGCUCAGUCUGUGGGAAGGGAUUCACUCAGUCAUCCCACCUACAGAGACACCAGCGAGUUCACACUGGGGAGAAGCCGUUCACCUGCUCAGAAUGUGGGAAGAGAUUCACUGAUUCAUCCGCCCUACUUUGUCAUCAGCGAGUUCACACUGGGGAGAAGCCGUUCACCUGCUCAGAAUGUGGGAAGAGAUUCACUGAUACAUCCACCCUACGGAAGCAUCAGCGAAUUCACACUGGGGAGAAGCCGUUUAACUGUUCAGAAUGUGGGAAGAGAUUCACUCAGUUAUCCAAUCUACAGAGACAUCAUCGAGUUCACACUGGGGAGAAGCCGUUCACGUGCUCAGUCUGUGGGAAGAGAUUCACUGAUCUAUCCACCCUACUGAGUUAUCAGCGAGUUCACACUGGAGAGAGGCCGUUCACCUGCUCAGAGUGUGGGAAGGGAUUCACUCAGUCAUCCCAACUACUGGAACACGUCAAUUCAUAGUGGGGAGUGGCCGUUGUUAUGAAUCCCUAGGUUUCGUUUGCUGUGGACUGUCAUUUUAAGAGAGAGAAAUAAAAAGUCUGACUUGCAGCUUGUUUACAUUGCUCGCAGCUUGUUUCGUUUUAACCGAGGACACAGACACUCAGAGUCAGACGGAGACGGAUGAAAAAUGAAAGGAUUGAAACCAGGGAAAUAGUGGCCAAAGGUCACUGUUUAGAACAUUCCUAUGCCCACAAGGGUGGGUUAAUUAUCCAUUCGCCAUACAUCGAAUGUGUGGUUGUCACCUCAUUUAACCCAUAGGAGUGGAUCUGAUUUGGGAUAUCCUGUUUAGACCACUUAGUGUUAACCCUUGCCUGUGUGUGAUGUGGUCAUUCAUUUGAAGAUGAUACCCCUCAUGACAAGUCACAUUCACUGAUAAUUCGUAUGUAGAUUUGUAAAGAUGAUGGAUAAAAUCUACAGCAACUGUUCUCUCAUUUUAACACUGUGGAACCUGCAGAACAGACAGACAGACUGACGUACUUUAUUGAUCCUGAGGAAAAUUGAGUUUCGUUACAGCCGCACCAUCCAAGAUAGUGUAGAAAUAUAGCAAUAUGAAACCAUCAAUAAUUAAAUAAUAAUAAGUUAAUCUUUGCAAGUGGAAAUAAGUCCAGGACCAGCAUAUUGGCUCAGGGUGUCUGACACUCCGAGGGAAGAUUUGAAAAGUUUGAUGGCCACAGGCAGGAAUGCCUUCCUGCGAUGCUCAGUGUUACAUCUCGGUGGAAUGAGUCUCUGGCUGAAUGUAUUCCUGUGCCUAACCAGUACUUUAUGGAGCGGAUGGGAGUCAUUGUCUAAGAUGGCAUGCAACUUGGACAGCAUUCUCUUUUCUGACAUCACUGUCAGAGUGUCCAGUUCCACCCCCACAACAUCACUGCCCUUACGAAUGAGUUUGUUGAUUCUGUUGGUGUCUGCUACCCUCAACCUUCUUUCCCAGCACACAACAGCAAACAUGAUAGCACUGGUCACCACAGCCUCGUAGAACAUCCUCACCAUCGUCUGGCAGAUGUCAAAGGACCUCAGUCUCCUCAGGAAAUAGAGUCGGCUCUGACCCUUCUUGUUAACAGCCUGAGUGUUCUCUGAGCAGUCCAGUUUAUUGUCAAUUCGUAUCCGCAGAUAUUUUUAAUCCUCCACCAUGUCCACACUGAUGCCUUGGAUGGAAACAGGGGUCACCGGUGCCUUAGCCCUCCUCAGGUCCACCACCAGCUCCUUAGUCUUUUUCACAUUAAGCUGCAGAUGAUUCUGCUCGUACCAUCUGACAAAGAUUUCCACCAUAGCUCUGCACGCAGCCUCAUCUCCCUUGCUGUUCGACAUAACUGCCUUCUCUUGACAUUUACCCUAAUUUACAAAUAUCUCUCCCAUCACCUAUUUUGUGGAUAAACUGAACUUUCAUACCUUACCAUCUGAAGACUCCAAGCCUUGUUUCCCCUGAGCUCAAUAGUUUGGGAGUUAAAUUUACACACAUAUAUACACAUAACACUGUUAAUUUUCGUUUAACUUGCUUAAGUUACUAUAUUAUAAGUGGAUACUAAUAAGCAUUGUGGUUUUCACAUCAAAAACAGAUUCCAGUAGUAGUCUGUUGCUGCUGGUUCGUUUCUGAAGCGUUACGGUUCGCCUGCAUCUGGGAUAUGAUCAAAUUUGAGGAUUGAUUAAUUAUCAAUUUCAUUGGGGAAAACUCUUUUGAUUUAUUUCUGUUUGGGAAAUUUGCAGCAAUGGAUGUUGAUCGAUGUCAGGAAGCGCCAACCUCUGAGGCAUUAGAGGACGCCAGAAGGGUUGAGUUGUUGAGUAUUGCUGAAAGGUUAAAACUUGUUAAGGUGAAAUUGACAAUGAGGAGGGCACAGAUGCAGAGGGUGAUAGCUGAACAUUAUGUAUCUGAGGGUGUGUUUAAAGUGGAGGAGUUGGAGGUGUUUCCUGAAAGUAAACCUCGUGAGCUUGAGCUCCAGUACAAGUGAGAAAAAUUAAAGAUUGAGGCUGCGGAAAGGCAGAGGCAGUUUGAGGCUAGAGAGGCAGAAAAACAGACAGAAAAUUGUCUCAUAAAGUGUGAUAAAGGGAAAGGCUUAGCAUGCCUAUACUGCUUUGCCAGUUGAUGAAGCAGCUGAUUUUUUAUACUGCACCAAUCAUCGCCACUGGGCUAUAAACGUGCAGGAGCAGUGUGUGGUUCAGUGCUUUGCUCAAAAACACUCACACUGCCUCGGCUGAGGCUCGAAAACAUGACCUUCAGAUCACUAGUUCAACACCCUAACCAGCUGGCCACGCACCACACAUUAUGACAUAGUGAAACAGGCUGUGCUCAAAGCUUAUGAGUUGGUCCCAGAAGCAUAAAGGCAAAAGUUUAGAAAUUUGAAGAAACCUGUGAACCAGACUUAUAUGAAAUUUGCUUAUGAGUAAUUUGAGUGUAUUGCCCGCUGGUGCACAUAUAAAAAUGUAAAUGAUGAUUUUAACAGCUUGAACGAGUUGGUUUUAACUGAAGAAUUCAAUAAGUGUGUCCCUGAUGACAUAAAGACAUAUUUAGAUGGAAAUGAUGCUGCCACUAUGCAGGAGUCUGCUAGAUUAGCAGAUCAGUUUGCUUCAACUCAUAAGCGUAUGGUUACCCUGAAUAAGAGUUUCGAAAAGAGUAGCAGGGAUGACCAGGGUAAACCAGAAAUUAAUGCUGGGAUUUGUCACACUUGUCAAGUUUUGGCUAAACCUCAUCAGGUCACCCCAGUGGCCCCACUGUGGUCUAUACCUGCAUUCUGUGAACCCUUUUCUAAAGUUAUAGAGAAUUAUGUUGGCCCAUUGCCAAAGACUAAAGCUGGCCAUCAGUAUCUGCUAACUAUUAUGUGUACUGCGUCCAGAUUCCCAGAGACAAUACCGCUCAGAAAUAUUAAAGAUAAAACUGUGUCGAAGGCUCUUACUGAGUUUUUUUUUACUUUAUUUGAUUUGCCUCAAGAAAUCCAGUCUGAUCAAGGAAGUAAUUUUACAACUGGGUUAUUCCAGCAGGUAGUUUAUGAACUGGGAGCAAAACAAAUUACAUCGUCUACAUACCAUCCGGAAUCACAAGGGGCUUUAGAAAGAUUUCACUCUACCCGCAAAACAAUGAUUAAGACACACUGUGUUGAAAAUGGAAACGACUAGGAUGAAGGAAUACAUUUGCUUUUGUUCGCAGUAAGAGAGUCGGUUCGGGAAUCAUUGGGCUUUACUCCAUUUGAACUCGUAUUUGGACGCAGAGUGAGGUGACCUUUGACCUUGUAAAAGGAGCGGUGGAUUGAUGGGGAUGUACAUGUUAACUUGUUAGACUAUGUUUUAAAUUUCAAAAAUAAACUUCACCAAUUCUG